AUGCUUUGGUUCUCUGGAUGCAUUACGCAAUACCCCGACUUUAUUUUUGUUCAGAAUCCUCCUUCGAUCCCUACUUUGGCGGUAGCGCGAAUAGUCCAAUUCUUCCGACAAUCAUGGCUUAUCAUUGAUUGGCACAACUUUGGUUACUCCAUUCUGGGAGUCAAACUGGGUAUGCAACAUCCGGUAGUCAAGUUUGCCAAAUCGUAUGAGCGUUUCUUUGGAAAGAAAGCGUACGCCCACCUUACAGUCACUGAUCGUAUGAACAAAGAAUUGAGUGAAUGGAAAGUCCAAGGAAAGUUAAUCACCUUCAAAGACCGUCCGCAAUCUCAUUUCUCACGGUUGACAAUGGACAAAAUGCAUCAGUUUUUGACCCAAUUCCGCUUGGAAGAGAUUGUUAAACGAGAAACCUUUGAUGCGGCUAAUUUUUUGGGCAAGAUCGAUCCGAAUUCGACCAUUUUGACCGAAAAGUUGCCCAAUGGCGAAGUGAUAUUCCGUGCUGACCGACCGCGAUUGAUUGUGUCUUCCACUUCAUGGACUGAAGAUGAGGAUUUCAGUAUUUUGCUGAAAGCAGUAGAGAACUAUGAACGUGACGCGAAAGAAAGCGAUCCCAAAUUAUUGUUCGUCAUCACCGGUCAGGGUCCUUUGAAAUCCAUGUACGAGGAAAAGAUUUCCAUGAUGAAGCUGAACAAAACGCGUAUUGUAACGGCAUGGCUCGAAAUGACGGAUUAUCCACAACUCCUGGGAAGUGCCGAUUUGGGUAUCUCUUUGCACACCAGUUCAAGUGGCAUGGAUCUGCCAAUGAAGGUUGUUGAUAUGUUUGGAUGCGGUCUUCCUGUGUGUGCUGUUGCAUUUGAAUGGUAA